UUGGUAUUUUAGUGAGUACAUUUUGUGCCAAUUCAAAUUGUUUAGUGUUAUUGCUUACUUUGUUUAUUUUCUUUGUAUUGACAAAGUCAUAUUGAGUAAUAGUAACAAACACUUUAAUCCAAAAAAAAAAAAAGAAUACUAAUAUAUCAUAUCAAGUGUUUACAUUACUUUGGUCACUCUUUAAAAUUUUUAGGUACCCAAGUAGAAUAGAAUGAUGAUGAAGCUUUCAUCAUAAUUAUUUUAUGUCUUUCGUGUUAGAUUAGUCUUUAGUUUUAUGACUGAUUAUUUUAGUUUUUACUUCUUAAUAAAACUUAUUAUUUUAAUUUAAUUAGAUGGAGAAAGAAAAAAAUAUUUGUACUAAAAGUGAUGUAGCAGUACCACGAGGUAAAGCAAUAUGGAAUUCUGAGAGUGUGAAUUUUUUCUUGGAAUUCUGUAUCAAAGAGGUUGAUGAUGGACAUCGUCCUACUACUUAUUUAGAUAAAAUUGGAUAUCUAAACUUGAUUACAAAUAUGAAAAAAGCAACUGGAAGAGAUUACACUAGAGCCCAACUGAAAAAUAAGUGGGAUGGAUUGAAAAAUGAAUGGAAGCUUUGGAAGCAACUCAAGGGAAAAGAAACUGGUUUAGGAUGGAGUAUGCAAAAGAAUACAAUUGAUGCAACUGAAGAUUGGUGGAAUAGUAAAUUACAGACUCAUCCUGAUGCUGCAAAGUUUCGCAUUCGGGGAAUUGAACCAGAGGUAGAGGAAAAAUUAGAUAGGAUUUUUAUGAACACUGUUGCUACAGGAGAGCAUGCUUGGACACCUUCAUCUGGAAUAAUUCCAUCUGAGUCUGAAAAGCCUUUUAAUGAUACUGAAACCUUACAUGAACAACUUGAGAGCAGUGAUGAUGAUCUAGAGACGCCUAAUAUUGAUAGAUUUUCUAAAGAGAAAAUUAGCAAGAGAUCAACCGAGCCACUUGAGAAACAAAAUAAAAAGGUGAAAAAUGAAAAAGGGAAAAUGAAGAAGACAGGGCCUGUAAUGAUAUUUGAACAAAUUGGUCGCCUUGCUGAUGCCGUGGAGACAAGAAGUAGAAAUAUUGAAAUAGCUAGAAAGGAGAAUAGUAUUGCCGAAGUUAUGAAAAUAUUAAAUUCUUUGCCUGAAAUCGAAAAAGGGAGCAGCUUGUAUUUAUUUGCAACUCGCUUGUUUAUCAUGAAAGAGAAGAGAGAGAUGUUUGUUUCAUUGGAAGAACCUGAGUUGAUGCUUACUUGGCUCAGGAAUGAGUAUACUCUGGAAUACUUAUAAUGCUUAAAUCACGCCGAAUAGUAGUAUUUAUUUUCUAAACUUUGUGUUAUGACUUUAAUAUAUGUUUGUUAUGUUAUUUCUUCAAUUGUAUUUGCUCUCAAGACUUGGUGUUAUUACUAUUUAAAAUAAAUAUGCUUUAUUAUUUUGUUUACUUGUAUUUGCUAUGAAAACUCUAUGGCUAUUUGAUA